AUUGACCGUAUUUUAGGACCGCGCGGAAACCGCCGCGGCAGUGAGCUCGGUGACGUCAGCGCAGUCUGCUGCUAUCAGCAGGUCAAGAAAGAUGGCGGCGGAGGAGAGCAGGUUGAAGCAGCGGAAUCACAAAAACAGCAUCUUUAAAGAAGGUGGCCACGGGUUUAAAUCCGACACGUCCCCGAUGAGGCGUGAGGAGGAGGAGGAGGAAGACGACCUGCUGGAGGAGGAAGAGGUGGGCGUGGCCAGACCGGUGCAGAUCGUGGUGGCGGAUGAGGAGGAGCACUCGUUCUCGCUGCAGGAGGAGGCGCUGGAGCGGCUGCUGCUGCAGGAGGAGGUGCAGGACCUCAACGUGGUCGUCGUCUCUGUGGCCGGAGCUUUCCGCAAGGGCAAGUCCUUCCUGCUGGACUUCAUGCUGCGCUUCAUGUACAAACAGUCCCCUGGGUCGUGGGUCGGCGGGGAGGAGGAGCCUCUGACUGGCUUCACCUGGCGAGGCGGUUGUGAGAGGGAGACCACGGGCAUCCUGGCCUGGAGCGAAGUGUUCGUGGUGGAGAAACCAGACGGAUGCAAGGUUGCAGUUCUUCUAAUUGACACACAGGGGGCGUUUGAUAGUCAGUCAACCAUCAAAGACUGCGCCACUCUGUUCGCCCUGAGCACCAUGACCAGCUCCGUCCAGGUGUACAACUUGUCCCAGAAUGUCCAGGAAGACGACCUCCAGCACCUCCAGCUCUUCACUGAGUACGGACGUCUGGCCAUGGAGGAGGUCUACGAGAAACCCUUCCAGACGCUGAUGUUCCUGAUCAGAGACUGGAGUUACCCCUACGAGCAUCCAUACGGCCUGGAGGGAGGCCAGAGCUUCCUGGAGAAACGGCUGCAGGUGAAGCAGAACCAACACGAGGAGCUGCAGAACGUCAGGAAACACAUCCACUCCUGCUUCUCCAACAUCGGCUGCUUCCUGCUGCCUCACCCUGGACUGAAGGUGGCCACCAACCCACACUUUGAUGGACGGCUCAGAGAUAUCGACGAGGAGUUUAAGAAGGAGCUGGUGAAUCUGGUCCCGACGCUGCUCUCUCCAGAGAACCUGGUGGAAAAAGAGAUCGGAGGAGUGAAGAUCACCUGCAGAGACCUGCUGCACUACUUCAAGGCUUACAUGAAGAUCUACCAGGGGGAGGAGCUUCCUCACCCCAAGUCGAUGCUGCAGGCCACAGCUGAAGCUAAUAACCUUGCAGCUGUAGCAGGAGCCAAAGACGCGUACAACAAAAGCAUGGAGCAGGUCUGCGGCGGAGACAAACCCUACAUCUCCCCGGCGGAGCUGGAGCGCCGCCACGUGGAUCUGCGGCAGGCGUCGGUGCGACACUUCCGCUCCGUUAAGAAGAUGGGCGGCGAGGAUUUCUGCCGGCGCUACCAGGAGCAGCUAGAGGCGGAGCUUGACGAGGCCUACGCCAACUUCAGCAAACACAACGACGGCAAGAACAUCUUCUACGCCGCGCGGACGCCCGCCACGCUGUUCGCCGUCAUGUUCAUCAUGUACGUGGUGUCGCUGGUCACGGGCUUCGUGGGCAUCAACUCUGUGGCCACGCUGUGUAACCUGGUGAUGGGCGUGGCUCUGACGGCGCUCUGCAUCUGGGCUUACGUCAAAUACUCUGGAGAGUUCCGUGAGGUCGGAGGAGUCAUUGACCAGGUGGCUGAAACCCUCUGGGAACAGGUGUUCUCCAAGCUCUUCGAGGUGGCCCGGAGUCGAGUCCCGUUGGGAAGCCUGAUCCCAGCGCCGCGGCCUCGGCUCGCCUCAAACAACAACGUCAAGAAGAAAAACUAGCAGCAGGCCAUGUUGCCGUGUCACGUCGUCCCUCUCCCUCCCCUCUGCUCGGUUUGUAGGACGGUUUGAGACGUGUAAAUCUGUUUGUGUCUCCGGCUGUAGGUGAUGGUUCCUCGCCGUGCUGGCUGUAGGUUUAAGGACUCGCUGUAGACGCGGAUGAAGCGGUGUGAUGUAUUUUAUUAUUUGUCAGUGGGCGGGGUUUAGGUAUUUAUUGGUGGGAGGGGCCAUUAUUCCAUCACUGACGGUCAUCCUACAGGUGUGUGCUCACCUGCAGGAUGACGACAUUAAUGAUUCCCAUUUAUGUGAAUGUAUGAAUGAAGAGCAUGACCACAGACCCCUCGUCAUGGUUUCCCUCCUCUCCUCCCUCCUGUCGUCUCCGUCGCUGGGCGGCGUCACGAGGAGGAGUCACAACCAAAGUUUACAGCUUUACUCGUAGAGGCGCUCAGAGCCAGCGGACUGACGGCCACGGCCAGGAAACUGCAGCUGACACGAGGUUCUUUGGACGUCCAGGACGGCUCGGUUUCAGGGAAGUCUUACAGUUCUUCUCAAUAACUCUGAAUCUCAAACUCACGGAUGUUUUCGCCAACCUGUGCAGGUUGAUCAACCUCGUUUUAAAUCAAAAAAAUCUAAAUCUGACACUAAAUGGAUUUUGUUUGAAAUGACCAUCACAACAAACACUGCUUCUCCAACUCGUAGCUCUGCUGGAUCUUUCAGUGGUCACGUGACCGCAGUUUGGGCUGAAAGCUCUCAGAAAAGCUACGUAAGUGAGUCUUAUAUUUAUAAGAAGAGACACGUCUCGGAACAGAUUGAUAGUUAGCUCAGGAUUUGUUAGCUUAGCCUCACGUGCGACCUCAGUCAGAUGUUACCUUCCUGCCAGUCAUCCAGCAGCGCUUUGUGUCCAGACGUCUGCUCAGUGUCCUCAGAGGUUGGACCUGAGUGACAUCUGUGAGGUCACAGUAACAGUUCUCAUGCUGCAGCCCGAUGCAGAAAAUAACAUUUGAACUGAACUUCACUUCCCAAAAUGUGAGCAGGGCGCAGUAAGUGUUCGCUUCACAUUUCAUAUCUAGUGUUCCCAAACUGUUGGGUUUUAGUGUGUUUCUCUAUCAUGAGAUACUCCCUCCUGAGGAUAUAAAGUCCUCCUCUCCUCCUCCUGAGGAUAUAAAGUCCUCCUCUCCUCCUCCUGAGGAUAUAAAGUCCUCCUCUCCUC